ACUCAUGUCGUCUCUCACGACGCGCCACGUGGCAGUCAUCGGAGCUGGUGCCGCCGGCCUAAUUGCCGCUCGCGAGCUCCGACGAGAAGGGCACCACGUGGUGGUGUUCGAGCGAGGCGAGCAAGUUGGCGGGACCUGGGUGUACACUCCGGAGAGCGAAUCGGACCCGCUAGGCGUGGACCCGAAGCGCAGGGUGGUGCACUCGAGCCUGUACGAUUCGCUCCGAACGAACCUGCCUCGGGAGUGCAUGGGGGUUCGGGAUUACCCGUUCGAGAGGAGAGAGGGGAAAGACAGGGACCCGAGAAGGUUCCCGGGUCACAGGGAGGUGCUGAUGUACCUGCAGGAUUUCGCUGCCGAUUUCGGGAUCGGAGAAGUUGUGAGGCUGCAGACGGAGGUGGUGAUCGCUGGGUUGGGAGAGGAAGGGAAGUGGAGGGUGAGAUCCAGGCCGUCCAAUCACAACAGAAUGAGAUCUGAUGAUUGCGAUUGUGUGGAUGAGAUUUACGACGCCGUUGUUGUUUGCAAUGGCCACUACGUUCAGCCUCGCAUCGCUGACAAUAUCCCUGGGAUUACUGCAUGGCGAGGGAAGCAAAUGCACAGCCACAAUUAUAGGACACCUGAGCCUUUUCAAGAUCAAGUGAUUGUUCUAAUAGGUGGUGCAGCAAGUGCUGUCGAUAUCUCUCGAGACAUCGCUACCGUUGCUAAAGAAGUUCACAUUGUAGAUAGGUCACUCAACGAAAAUGCAAUUGGCAAGCUACCCGGCCAUGAUAACAUGUGGCUUCAUUCUAUGAUUGACAGUGUUCAUCAAGAUGGCCGUGUGAUUUUCAAAGAUGGAGACACAGUCGGUGCGGAAAUCAUAGUACAUUGCACAGGGUACAAGUAUGAUUUCCCAUUCCUUGAAACAAACGGGGAAGUGAGUGUAGAUGAAAACCGUGUAGGACCAUUGUACAAGCAUGUUUUUCCACCGGCAUUGGCCCCAUGGCUUUCAUUUGUUGGGUUGCCUUGGAAGGUUGUUCCCUUCCCCAUGUUCGAACUGCAGACCAAAUGGAUAGCAGGAGCUUUGUCAAAUCGCCUUGCACUUCCUUCCAAAGAAGAAAUGACUCAAGAUACUGAAGCAUUCUACUCUUCACUUGAAGCUUCUGGCACUCCUAAGCGUUACACUCAUAAUAUGGCCAAUUACCAGUGGGACUACGAUAACUGGAUUGCUGAUCAGUGUGGGAUUCCUGGUAUUGAAGAAUGGAGGGUGGAAAUGUACAAGUUUGCAUCUAAGAACAAGAGGCUGCGACCUGAGUCAUACCGUGACGAAUGGGAUGAUGAUGAAUUGGUUCUGGAAGCUCAACGAGAUUUUUCUAAGUAUUUGAACUGAAUGACAAGUCAACUGAGAAGUCUCAAGCUCAGCUAUAUUGCCAUCUGCUCUGAUCUCAAUGCCGAGUUAUACAAUUACAACAAAGUUGAGUAAAUUAGCACUUGAAAGUAAUAAGUUAGUCAUACACGAAAAAAUAAAUAGUUGUUUCAUUCACUAAUAAAAUUGAUUAUGUUCAGAUUACUUGUUUCUAUAAAUGUUUUCUUUUCAGUUGAUGGUAAUUCGCUUUGGCACUUGGCAGUGCUUCAAUCACGACUGAAUUCGUUGAAACAA